GGAACGAAAGCUUCUUCAAAAAAGAAGCUUAAGGAACAGGAAAAGUGCCAGAAGAUGUCCAUCUUGUCUCUACAAGUUGCACAUUUGAUGCCCUCAAGUCGAAGUACAACAUUUUUGCAGUAAGAUUCAUUUAAAGGAGCAUCUGUGAUGAACCCUUGAAGUGCGGAGGGUUCUGCGAACUAGGCACGUCGUUGCGCUACCCGCCGAUGGUGUGUACCUUCGACCUCCCACCAAUCUCUGUCCGGAGAGGAGACAUUCACCUCACGGAGCCAACUCCCAAGUCCAGGUAUCGUUGCCGAUGGCUACCUUCUAGCUGCAAUGGCUGGCGUGUCGCUACCACGAACACCUAGCUGUCCAGUUGAUCCCGCGUCCCCUUAGUUUCAACGAGAGGAGUCGUUCGAAUGGUGGAGUGAGUUCCCAAUUGACAUUCCGUGUGAUCAAUGUGAAUUCGGGAAGAUGAUACCGUCGGACUGCACCUUGGACAUAGCGAACGUGUACCACUCGACAGCGGUGGUGAUAGAAGGUAGCUGUGUGAGCAAGACGGAGCCGACUGCGGUGCUCAGGGAUGUGUCUGCUAGAGUCCACGGCGGAGAGGUUCUAGCCAUCUUGGGUUCCAAGGGGUCGGGCAAGAGGGCUCUGCUGGAUGUCAUUGCUGGGAGGGCAGAGGGGGAAACAAGAGGCAGAGUCACUCUGAACAAUAACCUGCUGACACCGGAGCUAUUCAGACGCCACGGGGGAUACGUAGCCCACAGAUGCCACCUGCUGCCCAGUCUGACAGUUCGACAGACUCUGACCUAUGCCAUCUGGUUGGCCAACUUGAGCAACAGGGAGGCCAGGGUCAGACAGACUCUGGCAGACCUGGCACUCUCUCAGGUUGCCAACAGGUCAGUCAAUGACUUGACGAAACCGGAGUACAGAAGGCUCAUGCUGGGGGUUCAGCUGGCUAAGGAUCCUACACUGUUGCUCCUCGAUGAGCCAACAUGGGACACAGACCCUCUGAACACGUAUCUAAUUGUCUCCAUGCUCUGGUCCUACGCUACCAGAAGAGGGUCGAUCGUAGUCCUCACUAUGGAGACACCUAGAUCAGACGUCCUCCCAUUUGUGAGUCGAGUGACCCUGCUGUGUCUGGGUGCUGUGGUCUACUCUGGACCCACUAGAAGCAUGUUGGAUUACUUCACUUACAUUGGAUUCCCUUGCCCAGAGUUGGAGAACCCUCUGAUGUAUUACCUGUGCCUGUCCACGGUCGACCGUCGCUCCAGGGACCGGUUCCUGGAGUCCAAUCAGCAGAUAUCAGUGCUGGUCGACAAGUUCAAGGCAGAGGGUGUCAUCUACAUGAAGGAGGCUCCUCAAGUGCCGCCUAACAUGAAGGACACGCCUCUCGGCAUCAUGCACAAAGGCUUGGGUCGGGGGAUCAAGCCUGGUUGCUUCUCCACUCUGCUUGCCCUCUAUUUGAGAGGCAUGGCGGCAACAUUCGCGUUCAACAAAUCGGGCCUGGGACACUUCGCCACUAGGCUGUUGUUGCUGCCAUUCUCUGUGGCAUUGAUGAGCAUUCUGUACUCCCAUUCCACGCCGGUACAGUCUAGAAUAUUCUUGCAGACUGGUGGCUUGACCUUCAACGUGCUGACGUUGUUCUACGUUGCUGGAAUUGCCUCCACAGCUCUACUCUUUCCAGGAUAUCGUGCCAGAUACUACCAGGAAAAAAGGGAAGGCCUCUACGGUGGCGCCAUGUUCCUAACAGCAUACGCGUUGCUGAGCCUGCCUCUCAGCUUCUUGUCUUCCAUGAUCACCAUAGGCAUCCUAAUACCCAUCCUAGAACUAGAGCUAUCUUCCUGGGCCUACGCGUCCGGUGUAUUAUGGGCCAGCUAUGUGGCAGCCGAACAGGUGACCGUAGCAGUGAUGAUGGUGGUUGGGAAGCCGGUGACAGGCGCCAUUACGGUUUUAUACAUGACGCUAGCAUCCCUCGUGGUGGCGUCUGGCGCCAUCAGGAGCCUUAAGGGUCUACCAUAUUGGCUAGCAGCAGUGUCCACAGCGUUGCCAGCUAGAUACGCCUCCCUGGCUCUGAACCAACUGGCCAUCGACAUGCCGAUGUUCCUGAAUCUUCAGUACAACGAAAGCUUCGUCUGUCCUGGAGUGCCUGAGCUCUGUAGGUACCCCGACGGAAGGACCUAUCUGAUAGAACGAUUCACUAGGGAAGGCGAGAACAUCUCCGAAGUGUUGAACGUCGAUCUUAAUCUACUGAUCUCUCUAGCAUUCGCUGUGGGACUCUGCAUAUUCAACAGCGUCUUAUAUCUUCUUCCUUUACCAGCCAGAGUGAAGGCUAAGUUCCGAGAGUAGGCGAUUCUAUUCGAUCAUUGAUUACAAAAUUAUGUUACAUUGUUCGCCAAGACUUAGCCGCCGUUAAGUUAUUUAUGGUAGAUUUUAUUUAACCUAUAGCAAAAUCGACCGCGCGCGUGUGUGUGUAUGUAUAAUUUUACAAUUGUGAACUCGAGUGUUUUUAAGUAAGCUGCCGUUGUUAUUCGCAUUCCUCUGAGUCCACCUGCCUCAUUUCUCUGACAUCAUCAGCCACUGAGAAUUCGCAUCCCGUGGAGCUAACUAUUUCGCUCAUCUCGACACCAGGCGCGACUUCGAUGAGUUUCAAUCCCUCCCCCUUCAUCACCUCAAAGACUGCCAUGUCAGUGAUUAUCAGAUCCACGCAUUGGUGUCCUGGCAUGCCGUAAAACAUAGUUUAGUUAAUAGUAAGAACAUUAAAGGAAUUAAUCAAUUAACCUAA